AUGCCAGAUUAUCUAAAGGAAUACACUAUUGUCCAUUGUGUUGUUGGUAUUUUCCUUAAUGGUAUACACCCAGCUACCACCAACUACAUUUUUACCAAUGGCGAAAGGGGUUCGGUAGCUUGUCUCCUUAUUGCCAUUUGCCGACCAGAACCACUCCGCUCGCUCCUCUCUCGCCUUCAACCCUCUCGGGGCAAAAUGCGAGGAGAAGGGGUGCGAAAAAAAAAAGACAAAGAAAAAGGUAGAACGUUUUUCUUCAGCCAAUUAUCGAUGGUUAUAUUCGAUAGUCGAUUUCCCGUAAUUGAUGACAAAGUUUGCCUCCGCAAAGAAGAACACACCUUUUGCUUUGUAUUGCCACCGCUGGCCCCACCCUUCCAUCCCGACUCCCCCGCAUCACAAGUUUUCUUCUCGUUCUGUUGCACGUCGUUUCCUCUCUCUCUCUCAUCAUUUUGUAACUCGCUCUUUAUUCUUUCUCCUCUAGAUUCAUUCACCAUUUGUAUCUUCAAUCUUCUUUCUUUCCUUCUCUUUCUUUUUCAAACAUUCAUCCUUUUUCUCUAUCGCGUGUCCUCCUCCCAUCGCUCUUUUCGUUCUUUCAUUUUUGACUCUUACUGUAUUUCUACCUCGUUGGCUUCUACACUUUAUCUACACAUGUAUAUAUGA